GAUUUAAAAAUCACACUCUUUAGACAUUCGAUAGCCUAUGUUCUUUGUGUCUUGAACAAUACAGUGAAACUCACAUCAGGGGAAUAUUUAUAUAGUCGCGAGCAGUCUUGAAAUUGAGAGAGAGAAGUGUGUGUGUGUGUGUGUGUGUGGGAGAGAUGAAUAAAAAUGGUUCCUGAAUAUAAAGUGAUGAGGCGAUCGAUAGGCCUGUAUUAUUCUAAAAUAAACUUUAGCACAUUAAAUUAAAUGUGUGAUCGAAUGCGAAUUUGGUGUCUGUUAUGAUCGCCUUUUCUAUCUAUCAAAUAAUUUAUUGUACACCAUGUUUAGUUUGUCUUCGUUCUGACAUCCAAUUUAAUCUAACAGUCAGAAGCUCUGAAAGUGUUCAAAUAAUAGGCUAAUAAUUAAAAAAUGAAAGCAUGAUUUAUCCGUUCGGACACGAUUAGCCUAUUCGUGGCACAGCGCUUUGCUGAAACAAAUGUGAUUCCCCGCAUAACAUUAAACGCUGAUGAUCUGCAUUAAUAUCUCCGGAUUAAUGAUAUGCUCAGUAAUGAUUUUGACGCGCUAUCUUCUCCAGGUGUAAUAGCGCCCGUGCGGAGCGAGACCUGAUGUUGUGUGCGCGAAACGAGGCCAACAGUGACGCUGUGCGCACGAGUCCUGAAGUUCAUGUUGUUUUCCGGGUCCCACAGCCCGACAGAUGCGAGUCCUAAUGAUGUUGACAUCUUCACACAACAGCGCUGUUUCGCGGCAGCAAUAGAGUUCUCAAACACCUUUUUAUAAGUCUGAAGUCUUUCCCCUCCACCCGACCUGUUAAAACCACGCCUACGGAGCGACACAAUUGGUCCGAAAGCGUGAAAGAGCCAAUCAACAGAGAGCUGGAGCUCGAAACACGCAACACAUCCAAACACACCGAAUCCCAUGGAGUUCAGACGCGCUGGGAACAUCUCCGUGCUGGACCCCGUUCUCCACGGAUCGUGUGUGAGAUGUGUGUGUGCGCGCGAGAGAGGACGAGUGUGUGCGCGCGUGUGAAGGUGUAUCCCUCCAACAAGUAAAGACAGAGGAAUUAUUCCGAGGCAACGAAAUAUUUCAACACAUCUCUUUGGCAGGACUCGGGACGAUCUCAUUAUUAUCAUCACAUGUCUGUUUUAAAGAAAGCUGAAGGUACCCGACAAACACCGCGUCUUUAAUUCAUUUAAUCUUUCGGGGUUUGUUUUUUCUUCUCGAUUUCUCAGACAAGCGGCAGAUUAAUGGAUCGCUGUUUCUCACUUUCUCUUUUACACACUUUUCGUGUUAUGGAAUCGAGCUAGUGAGACAAUUCAGAAUCUCGCGCACCGAGUGAGGCACUUCUCCAGCGCUGACUCGUUUCUAGCUGAUUUCUCGUUUUUAAGGAACACCGCGUCACCUCUGCAAUCUGGACUUGGAUGAGCUUUCCGAUGAGAGAUCCAGUUAUUCAAGGAUCCAGUAUGGCAUAUCACCCGUUUUUACCUCACCGGAGUCCGGAGUUUGCCAUGAGCGCGAUGCUGGGUCACCAGCCGCCCUUCUUCCCGGCCCUGGCACUGCCACCCUCGGGCUCGCUGGCGCUGGGCAAGCCGAUCAUGGAGCAGCUGAUGACCGCAGAGACCGGCCUCCACUUCUCCUCUCUGGGACACCAGGCCUCGCAUCUCCGGCCUCUGAAGACACUCGAGCCCGAGGAGGAGGUGGACGACGACCCGAAAGUGCACCUGGAAGCCAAGGAGCUCUGGGAUCUGUUUCACAAGCGCGGCACAGAAAUGGUCAUCACGAAAUCUGGAAGGCGAAUGUUCCCUCCGUUUAAAGUCAGAUGCUCGGGAUUGGACAAAAAGGCCAAAUAUAUUCUGUUGAUGGAUAUCGUAGCGGCGGACGACUGCAGGUAUAAGUUCCACAACUCUCGCUGGAUGGUGGCAGGAAAAGCUGACCCCGAAAUGCCAAAACGCAUGUACAUUCACCCCGACAGUCCGGCCACUGGAGAGCAAUGGAUGUCUAAAGUCGUCAAUUUCCACAAACUUAAACUGACGAAUAACAUCUCCGACAAGCAUGGAUUUACGAUACUAAACUCCAUGCACAAAUACCAGCCGAGAUUUCACAUUGUGAGAGCCAACGAUAUCCUGAAGCUCCCGUACAGCACGUUCAGGACAUACGUGUUCCCCGAGACGGACUUCAUUGCUGUCACUGCCUACCAGAACGACAAGAUCACACAACUGAAAAUUGAUCACAAUCCUUUUGCAAAAGGGUUUCGUGACACUGGAAAUGGGAGACGCGAAAAAAGAAAACAGCUGGCUCUGCAGUCGAUGCGUUCCUACGAGGAGCAGAAGAAGGAGAACGGCACUUCCGACGAUUCCUCCGGAGAACAGGCGUCCUUCAAAUGCUUCCGCCGGGACUCUUCUCCUGCGGUCUCCACGGUCGGACAGAACAACUUAAAGGACUUCUGUGACAGCGAUGAAGACAGUGAUGACGAAGACAAAGAUGGGAACGCGAAAGACGUGCCAGACUCGAGUAAAAUCUCCACCACGACCGAGGACUCGAAGGACCCCGAUGCGAGUUUAAGCAAAGGUGUGUUUGGGGAAAGUGAGAGGACUGAGAAAGAGAGUCCCGUCACGCUGAUCUCGAGCACCACUCGGUCCGGGGACGAGCUCAAGAGUCCGACAGCCCGAGAACCGGCCAAAGCCGACGAGUCCCGGACAGCCAGCAAAGAAAACUACAUGCCAUUGACUGUCCAAACAGAUGGCGCCGCGCACUUGAAUCAAAACCACUUGCACAGUUUCGGAUUUCCGCAGGGUUUGGCUGGGCAGCAGUUUUUCAAUCACUUGGGCGGUUCAAUGACCCAUCCCUUCCUCUUACACCCGGGCCAGUUCAGCAUGGGAGGCGCGUUCUCCAGCAUGGCUGCGGGGAUGGGCCCGCUAUUGGCCGCGGUGUCCUCGGGAGGGGUCAGUGCGAUGGAGCCCGGGAGCAUGUCUUCACCCACGGGCCAACCGAUGCCCUUCCACCUGCAGCAGCACGUGCUCGCCUCUCAGGUAGGACAUGCGUGCUGAGUGCAUGGAAAUGCGUGUCUAUAGCACGAAUUGUAUUUAUCGUUUGCAACUUAUACGCAGAAAAAGAGUUUUUACGUGCAUAUGAUACAUGCAUUUUAAAUGCAUGCUUCAGUCCUGAUCAUAACCCUGGCAGGAUGUUUAUGUUAGCGCUUUUUGUGUUUUUGCAUAUGAUACGCACUGUAACCCCUUGGCCUGGAUUAGUGGUGUGAAGUGCGUGGAUAUUACACGCAAUAAAAAUGCUGCACGCGAAAACUGCGUAUUAAUUGCACGAUAAAUACCAUUCGUGCUAGAUAAUAACCCUGGAAGGUUGUUUAUGAAGUAUUUUAGCGUUUUGUUGGUGCAUUAGAAGUUUUGGAGAAAAAAAACUAGGCGUGGCAUAUAUUGCAGUGUUUAAGUGUCUAUGUUGCACAGUCCAUAAAUUGUCAGCAAAUAUAGAACAACUGACAACUGUUGCUCGAGAUUAGCAGUAAAGAUGUUCGUGACGGAUGUGUGCAGACAGCAAUUAAUUCAUAA